AUGCUACCCAACACACUCAAGAGUCUGUGGAUACACUCAAACUUCAGCAGUGAUGUCCUGCCUGGGUCGUUGCCACCCUCACUCACAUACCUAAAGUGUGGCUUCUACUAUUAUGGUCCGCUGCCCAGUCUUGUGAACAACACUUCGCUCACACAUUUGGAGUUGGGCUUUGGCUACGGGUCACCGCUGCCAGCCUUCCCCGACAGUCUAACAACACUGACACUGAGCAACAUGUUUGAUCAGCCUAUCAAGAAGGUUGUAUUCCCACCUAGAUUGAGAUGUCUGAUCAUCCCAUACUUGCAACAGUCUCGCUACAUUGCAUGCGCGCCACCAACACUCGAGACACUGGGCAUGAUCACGCAACCCUCAAAGGCCGACGUGAAGGACUACAAAGAGAUAUGGACCAACAGACUAAAGUCAGUGAUCAUCUCACCGGACGACCUAUUCACUCCAGACAAGUUGAUUCAAUCUGCCGCGGACUUCCUGGCAAUAAUUGAUGUUCAGAUGGAUUGA